AUGUCGGGACUGAAAGCGGGAGAUAACUUUCCCGACAACGUCGUAUUCUCAUAUGUCCCUUACACCCCGGAAACCUCCGCGAUAACCUCCUGCGGGAUGCCCGUGGACUACGCGGCGUCGAAGGAAUGGGCCGAUAAGAAAGUCGUGCUAUUCGCGGUGCCCGGCGCGUUCACACCGAGCUGCUCUGUUCGACAUUUGCCUGGGUACAUUGAGAAGCUCGCCGAGAUCAAGGGCAAGAAUGUCGACGUCGUCGCCGUGCUCGCGUUCAAUGACGCCUGGGUGAUGAGUGCUUGGGGCAAGGCGAAUGGUAUUCAAGGAGAUGAUAUUCUUUUCCUCAGCGACCCCGAGACAAAGUUCUCGAAAUCGAUAGGCUGGAACCUUGGCGAUCGCACCGCCCGAUAUGCCAUGAUCAUUGACCACGGCAAGGUCGCUUAUGCAGAGAAGGAGCCCGGUCGAGACGUCACGGUGAGUCCGUACCCGGCCCCUAGCACCCAGCACCCAGCGACGGUUACCCCUUUUAAAUAUCCCGACUCUCGCUUUCGGUCACUAAGACAAUGA